AAAAGCUCCCUUAUUCAUGAAAACCCUCUCCUCGCCCAAAACCCCCUAUUUUUGCCUUAAAUCACUCCUCUAAAAUGUCCCAAAAAACAAAACCCAUGUUGCAGAAGUUCUCAAAUCUUCUCAAACUAUCCAUUUUCCUCACCAAGUUGAGGAAACCCAUUAUUGCCAAGCUCAUUUUCCUCAAGAAAUCUAGGAAGCUCAAGAGAUUUCAGCUUCUUAAGCAUUACAACUACCGUUUCCUCGAGGAAUAUCAGUUCUCGCCGUCCAAUACUCCGAUGAUUUAUUACCACACACGGUGGUUCCGAAAUAAAAGAUGCGGCCGGGGUAUGGGCUCGGUGCUCUUUCUGUGUAGAUGUUUCGGCGGUGUUAAAGGCUGGAAAGAAGAAGCAGACUGCGCUUUGGUUUUUUACUGGGAUGCUCUGCCUCCUAUUACGGAGCAGCUUCCAGAGCCGUUGGAUAGGGACGAGGAGGAGGAAGAUUCGGUUGAUCGGAGGGCUGAGAAGUUCAUCCAGAGGUUUUAUGAAGAAAUGAGAAUGCAGAAGCAGGAAAUAAUAUAGAGAAAUUUUAUUUUAAUUAUUUUAGUUUUUAACUUGUUCUCUGUCUUACUUAAUUUAAGAAAAUGAUUAAUAUAUU